ACCUAAUUUGUUAACCGAAAAUUCUAACUUGCUGUGAUUGUUUGACAUAUCAAUGCAUAACUUUCAAAACCACGCCACCAGUAGCCGAGAAACCAUAAAAAUUCUGACAAAUGCAUUCUGAACCUUCCUGCCCAGAAAUGGAGAAAUCUACUGUGGCAAAUGGCUUCACAUCUGUACCUGAAGAGAAACAUGAUGAACUUAAACAAAAUUCCCUGCCAAGAAAGGUUUAUGUUAUGAGGAACUCUGUGUUAACGGACUUGAUGGAAGUGAAUCAUUUGCAGACUGUUUUCAACAUAAGUGUUUCUGUUUGUAUUCUUCUCCUAAUAAAUGCUGUGAUAUAUUAUUCUGCUGAUCCCCAAAUGUUACCACAAGAUAUUGGAGUCAUGAUAUGGGGAGCAUCGAAAUUGCAGCUGUUUGCAAAUAUUUGGCUGUCAUUCAAUUUUUAUGCAUUGUUCAUUUACCAAGGCUUCCGACUGUGGAUUUACCUCCGAAACACCAUUCAUGCAAAGCUUGCUGAUUCAAUUUUCCUGCUUCUUUACGUUGCGUCCAUAGUUGUUUUCUUCACUGCUACAGCUUACAUGUCUAGGAAGCAUGAUUUCCCACCCAUUACUGGUUUUGCACUUGUGGCAGAACAGGUUAGAAUCUUCAUGAAAGUCUACUCCUUCGUUAGAGAAAAUGUUCCACGAGCAGUACGAUAUAAUCCAAAAAAGGAUGGGAAUCCAGAUUUUAAGCCACAUCCAUCGCUGACACAUUUCAUAUAUUUUCUCUUCAUCCCAGCUCUUAUCUACAGAGAUUCAUAUCCAAAGAAAAAAGACAUCUCAUGGAAGUUCGUAUUUAACAAUUUGUUCAAGUUCAUAUCCUGCAUAUUCAUUGCAUAUUGUGUCUUCACGCGUUUUAAUGUUGAUAUUUUCAAAAAUAUUGGAAUCAUUCAAUUCACAUUGCCGCAAGCUGCCCUCACAUUCGCUGGGGCGAUAGUCAUUGGAUCAAUGAUACUCUUCCUCAUUUUCUAUGGCAUUCUACAUUGUUGGCUGAAUAUUUUUGCCGAAGUUUUGUAUUUUGGAGAUAGAGAAUUUUAUCAGGACUGGUGGAAUAGCACAUCAUUCUCUCAGUAUUAUAGGAAGUGGAACACAGUUGUGUAUGAUUGGCUGUAUGCUUAUGUAUAUAGUGACACGCAUAGGCUGGGCUGUAGCAGGUCUGUGUCCUUAGUAUUAGUAUUCAUCGUGUCUGCUAUAGUCCAUGAAUAUAUCAUCAGUUUGUCUCUUGGAUUCUUUUAUCCAGCAUUACUAGUCGUAUAUUCGACUCUGGGAGUAUUUUUCGUAUUUUUAACAAAGAAAAGAACAGCACAGUUGUGGAAUACUUUUAUGUGGACUAUGUUGUUUUUCGGAUGGGGUUUGCUGGUCUCUUUGUAUACAGCGGAAUGGUAUGCUCGAGCCAAUUGCCCAAGCACAGUAGAGGAUCCCAUUCUUGAUUUUUUUAUGCCCAGGUCUUGGAAUCAAAAGUGUGUAAUCUUAAAGUAUUCUUAACAUUGAAGAACUAACAUUUCAUUCUCUCAAACUUGUUUUUAAAUCAAUACUGUAAAAUUAUCAUUAUCAUGUUAAUGUUUUCACAAUAAAUUAUUGUAUCUAAA